AUGCCAGAUAGACUGGAUGUACUGACUGGCUCCUGUGUGCAAAUCCCAUGUUCAUUUGAUAUUCCUGGCCAACAUAAGGAUACAUUUAACAGCACAACACUAACCUCUGGAGUGUGGAUUAAAGAAAACCCAUACUUUGGUGGGCUUCCGGACAAUGUGAUAUUUAACAGUAGUGAGACGGUCAACAGAUAUCAAGGGAAGAUAACUGGAAACAUGUCCCAGAAGAACUGCACCACAGUCUUCUUCAAUGUAACCACCAAUUACAAUAGAUACUUCUUCAGGAUUGAGAGUCAACCAUUCCGUGCAACAGACACUGGAAAGUCUGUUGAAAUAGUUGUCAGUGAUUUGCCUUCCAGUCCCAUCAUUACUGUCUCAGGUGAGAUGAAGGAAGGGACCCAUGUCAGUUUGAACUGCUCUGCUGUCGCUCCCUGUCCCGACCACCCCCCUGAGCUGACAUGGACUCUCCCAACACAGUUCACACCUGAGAACCAACUGCAGGAGAAUCCAGACCAAACCAAAUCAGUUCUCUCCACGGUGACCUUCACUCCGUCAUACCUUCAUUAUGAGAAGAACAUCACUUGUACUGCAGUCUACCCAGUAGGGGCAAGCAACAAGACAGCUGAACAUACCAUGAUGCUUAAUGUUUCAUUCUCUCCUAAGGACACCUCGGCCUCCAUCAGUCCAGCUGAUCCAGUAUUAGUGGGCAGCUGUGUUAAUCUGACCUGCAGCAGUACAGCCAACCCUCCUGUGACAAACUUCACCUGGUUCCAGAUCAGUGGGGGUAAAACAACACGGGUAGCAUCGGGACUGAGUUACUCCCUCAAUGUGACUGUUGAUGGAGGACUGUACUUCUGUGAAGCAAGAAAUAGUCACGGCUGUGGCAAGUCAAAGGAAGUACAGCUGGCUAUUAAAGGGCAAAAAGAGCCAAAAACCUCCAUGGUUUUGGAGGUUGCAGCAGGAACUCUGGCGGCAUUUUUGCUUAUCAGCCUGAUCAGUCUUUUUAACUCCCCGGUUGGGACAGUGUGUGCUAACCAGGCUACAGCCGGAGAGGAACCUGCAGAAAACCAGUCUGAAGAGAUCCAAUAUGGUGACAUAGACUUCUCCAAACUACGGCCCAAAGAGACCCCAGCUGCAGCCCAGGACAGGGUCCAGGGACAGGAGAGUGAGUACGCUGAAGUCAAUGUGACCAGAAGAGGGGCCCAGGAACCACCUCUUAACAACCUAGAUGGGCUUUAUGCACGAGUGGAUAAAAGAGGUGCAUGUUAA